UUUACAAAUAUGAAUAUUAUUCAGCAACCAGACGAAAACCUGCCUGAUGAGUUUAUUAACGAAAAUAUCAGCAUGCCCAGCAUUAAGGAAUCGACAAGGCUUACUAAGAAUAUGUCAGCAAAUCCUUUUAAGAGAAAGUCCACCGGAAUACCUCUGGUGAAAGCGCUCUCUUGACCAGUACAGAAAUUGAAUGGAUAUGUUACAAAUUCCAAAGAAAGAUCUACCUGACAAAAGAUAGAUGAGAGUUCAGACAGCUUUAUUAAAGAUAACCUACACACUGGAAGAUCUCUAAAAGAAGACAUCAAGGGACUCCUGCAGAGGGCUAUUCAGAUCAGGAACUCUCAAAACUACUUUUCGGAGAAACAGAUUGGAUGAGAAGGCAUCCAUGUAGAGCCAAAGUCCUCUUCUUUCUCGUUUAAUAAAUGAGUCACAAUGGAGGAUAUUUUUGCCCCAUAAUAAUUUAUUAACACUAAAAAUUUGUAAGCA